CUCAAAUUUAAAUACAAGACAAACUUUAACCUGUUUAGAGUUUGAUCAGAUUAUCAGAUUGAUUGGGUUUAAACAAUGCCACAUUCUUCUGAUCAGCCAUUAUUUGCGUACUCUUAAAACACCAGUUUAGAAUGAUAAGAUAAAAUCAUCAAAUACUCUGUAGCCCAUUUUCCUUUUAUUCUGUGGUUUUAAGGACACUGCCUUAGUGGGCCUAUUUUUGUAUUUCGUAGUAUUUCUUUCACAUUGUUUCUAUUUAAUUCAAUGGUCUUGUCCAUGAUAAAUUAAAUCCUUCAUUUUACUGGAAUAAAACCCCCCCAGAUAUAAUUCAGAUAAAUUCCUUUCAGUUACUUUACUGAAAUUUACAAGUGCAACAGCAGUAUGUUUGCAACUCCCCAGUUGUUGUAGAUAAAGUAAAUGAUAAAUACUUUAAUAUAUUUUAAAUCUUUUUAAAGAUUAAAUCAAGCCUAAUGUGACCAUGGAUAUGCUACAGCCAUGGCAAAUGAUGAAAGGAUGAAGUUAAUGGCGGUAUGGUCAGUGUUCAGGUGUAAUUUCAUCUAGCUCCCAGAAAGACCACAAAUACAUGUUUCCCAAAAUGCUGAACGAUUCCUUUAUAUGAUGAGUGACCAAAAUCACGAACUGAACAAUCUACUUUAAAUCUAAGGCCAUCACCGCAAACAACAUGACCAUGAAAUCGAAUCAACACCUGAAACACUGAACACUUUAGUCAUCAUGAGGGUAGAAUUGAUUGCUUUUAUCGUUUCAUUAUACUUUGUGUUUGCCAGGCGUGUCCAAUGAACUGAAAGAUGAGAUGUGAAAUUGUAAAAAGCAUUAAUUUAAGAAGGUACAGGUGAAGAAAACCCAGAGUAGUAGAAAUGGGGACAAAACAAAGAAACAAGUGAUUUUAGGAAAUUAUCAUUAAUGCUAAUGAGAUGGAGUGGUACUUCUUUAAAAGUCUUUAAUCUCAGGUCAACCUCAGUCAUCAAUCAACAAAGUAAAGAAUUCAAAGAUCACCACUGUAAGCUAAUGUCCCUCCCUCCGUUUCCUCCUUGAUGAUUGCUUAAUCUUGUUUUUGUUUUUUUAACAGUUUGGAUUUUCCUUUCUUUCCCUUCUUUGCCUGUCAAGGAAUGAAUCAAAGUUACUACAGGCCUCGGUGAAGUGAGUUCUCUGUCGAUGUAUGUUCUCUCAGUCCUCGCUGCCUUCCUCCCCUCCCCCACUCUCCCCAGUAGUCUUUGCCUUACCUGGCUGUGUUGUUCAGACACACCCUGCGACUCCAUGUCAACCAAUCACUGCCCCAAGACAGACCCACCAAGGAAGUGCUCUUCCUGUAUUUUGUCAGAGAAGAAUGGAGCAGAAGAAAGGAGAGAGUUGUGUUUUUUAGCCAGGGGGGGUCCAAACAGGAGGUCCUGUCGGCAGUAGAGGGGUGGGGAAAGCGCCUAAGUAGUGGACAGACUCAACGGAUUUAGUUUGAUUUAUUGGAGAUCUCCACGUUCAGCAACAGGCGACUGAGAGGACAAGACAGAGAAAGGAGGAGGGGAAAGAAAGUGUCAAUCUGUUCAGACUUGUUUGGGAAUUUGGAGUAGGGGAGGUGGGGAGAGACUGAGAGCCAGCAAGAGGGAAAAGCAAGGAGAACUCAGGCGUAAACAUGAAGCUCUUCACAAGAGUUUAUUAAGUGAGGGGGCCAAAAAAAAGAGGCAUUUCUGGUUUAUUUGGAGUAAAGGGAAGCAGUUUAUUAGGGCAUCUAGACAAUGUGAAUACAUGGAAUGAAUUAUUUUGUGUUUUGCAUACCCAUGCUUUUGAGCUGAGCAGGACUGCAAGGGGGAGACUGGAUCUUCCCAGCAUACCACAUUCAGGUUCUCCAUAUUGUGGCGCAAUGGGGACCAAAAGGCCCAGCUGCACCGUCUUUGACACUUUAUCUAACAUAAACAUGUCUGACCGCAAGCUUCAACCAGGUGGAAAAAUCUCCCGGGAUCCAAGUCCCAGGCCAGGAAAGACUGCCCAGUCGGAGCGAGACAGGGGCAGCAACCGAGAGCAAGAGUGGAGGAGGGAAACAGAAAUGGAGAAAUUUAAAGACAAAGCAAGAUACAAAGAUGUUGACCCACGAGAGAGAUACUACGAAAAAGUUCCUGCAUCCAGGAUGACAGAGGGAGAAAGAGAGUGGAGGGAGAGAGAAAGGAGGCAAGGAGGUGACAGAAGCAGAAACGGACGACCACGGUCAAAUUUAGAGAGGGAUACUGAGACGGACGUGGAGAGGGGGAAGAAGAAAGGUGACACAUUUCCCAGAAUGAGAAAAAGCAGUCCAGACCAUGGCAGAAGAAUGAUGUCCUACACGGAGAUUGAUGAAGAAAAAGGAGAAAGUAGGCAGAGAGAUAGGCCAAGGCGCAUGGAGACACAGAGAGAGGAAGUAAAGACAUUGCCGAAAGAGAGGUACAGGGAGAAAGAAAGAGAUGAUAUCCGAGGCAGGGCAAAGGAAAAGGGGAAAAAAAGUGGAGGAAGACCCAUGGAAGACGAGAAAUUACGAAAGAGGGAAAGAUAUCAUGAGUAUGAUGCUGGUUUUCAAGACAGAGGAAGAAGAGGGGGUGAUUCAUGGGACAGGAGAGAAAGAGACGCAGCAAGAAAAAGAGAAAUGCCAAGGCAUGACUUGCGAGAGAGAGAGGCCAAGAUGACCUCCCCGCACAGACGAAGAGACAGAGAGCCCUACUCAAAUAGGAAGGAGAGGGAGGAGGCGGAGAGGAGAGAGAAAUGCAGAGACACCAGAAGUGAAGGUGAUAGCGAUGAGAGAGAGUUGAGGAAGGAAAGAGUAAAGGACAGAGCGAGGGAGGAGUUGAUAUAUCAACACAGCAAAAGUGAGGGGGACAACACGGGCAAAAGAGCAAGGCAGAGAGAUCCAAAUAGGCAAGGAUACAGAGAAGAGGACAGACAGAGGUACAAAGAAGGGGACAGAGAACGAGAGGUGGAUAGAACCAGGAGGAGGGGGGAGGAGAAAGAUAGGGAGAGGUACAGAGAGGUUGACAGGAGAGCAGCAAGGGAGGCAGACAGGGAGGGGGAGAGGUGGAGGGAAAGUGGCAGAGACCCGAAGGACGGUAGAACAUGGUCAAUUGACAGGAAGGAGGAUGACAGACACAAGCAAAGGAGAGACAGAGAGAGAAAGGAAAGAGAGGCAGAUCCUAGGUGGGAUGAUACAACAGGCCGAAGCAACAGAUCCCUGAACGAAAUUGCUCCUAGGGUGCCGCCACGAUCCCACAGCAGUGGAGAGUGGAGCAGUGACAUGGACAACGAGACUAGAUAUAGAAGAGGUAGAGACAGUUAUGUAGAGGGGGAAUCGGGGAGAGAGAGCGGAAGAGAUGUGGAAGAACCGAGGGAUCCGGAGAGAGCAGCUGAAAGAAGUCAAAGGGAGCAGAAAAGAAGUGAAAGACAAGAGAGAGAGAGAGGAGAAAUGGCAGGCAGUGUGCCAGAGCAGAGAAGGAUGUGGUUAGAGCCGCAGAGGGGUAAGAAUAGUGAAGGAGAAUAUGUAGACAGAGAGAGACUCACAGGGCGGAAAGAGAGGAGGAGAGAAGAAGAGAGGAGUAUGGUGUCACAACAAGUAAAAGAGGAACCAGAUGAGAAGAACUUAGACCAAAUCAGUUACAGACAGACACAUGCGGAGAGAGAGGAGUACAGCAGAGACGAGGAGAAGGAGACGGAGGGUGUAAGUGUAGAUGGAGAGGAGGUGCGGGAGGUCUGGAGAGAAACCGAUAAGGGAGGAAAGGAAUAUCAUUCUGACAGCAGUGGUGGGAUGGAGGGAGGCUGGCAGAGGGAUGUUGAGGGAGAGAACACAACAGAUAACACAGAGGAGAGUGACAGGGAGGAAGAGGGUGGGAGAGAUUAUUUGGUCCGCUCCAAGGAAGGAGGAGGAAGUGAAUCCGGGUGGAAGCAAGAGAGAGACAGUUUGCUGUCAGUAGAGGACGGCUUUGUGACGGUAUCCAGCGGCGGAGACGAAGAGGAAGAGAGAGAGGAGGAUGGAGAGGAAGAGUUUAAGGACUGUCAGGAGUUCUGGGAAGGAGCAGUUGAAAAUGACAGCUCCUCACCUUUGGGCUUCAAGGGGUGUGAGGGAGAACAGGAGAGGGUAGAGGCAUGGACAACAGGGAAGGUGGAGGCAGCUGACGAGGAGGAACAGGGGAGUGAAAAUCAGCCAAAGUACGUCUUCUGUGUAAUUGGGCAAACUUUACCUCGGUCAAGACCUGGUGAUAAGUCACUGUCACAAGUUAAUCAGAUGGGAGUUGUUGAAAGAGACAACCCAAUUCACCGUAGCGAUGACGUCACACAGCAACGUCAGGAUGACCAGCAUUCAACACUGAGUAGAAAUGAUGACAACCCCAUCACCAACAACCCAGACACAGAGGGCAAGAGUGACCUGCCACGAGAGGAGCGAGUCGAUAAAGGAAAAACAACUGGAGUGGAUAUAAGGCAAAAAUCCUCUUCAGAGCCUGAAGACACAGAGGCUGGAGAGGCAAUAAUGAGCAAAGUGGAGCACCCAUAUGAUGAAAUAGUGCAGAUUAAAAGAGACUCUCGAACUGAAAAACUCCUCGUUGAAUGGAGAGAGAAAAACAAAGAACGGGUCGAAAGAGGAACGGAGCAACUUUCUCCAACAAAUCCCUAUGCUGAUUUUUUUUCUCAGGCCAAUUUUGAACAAAUUCAGCCCAUCUUGGAUGGGAUGAACACUGGAGCAAUGAGUCCAGAAGAGGUGGAGGCCAUUCGAAUCAGAAUGAGUGGGGCAUGGAGCAUGUCAGAGGAGCCCAAGCGGCAUUCCCAAGCCCCCCACCUCAAGUGGGCCAAAAAUGUGGUUAGCGAGAUCCUGGGACAGUCAGAGGAAGAGAUUGUGGAUGGACCAAAAGAAGCGGUCAAGGACGACAAUCAGGAGGAGGAGGUUUCACAUAAGAUCCCUUUUGUUAAGAUGACAACGAUUGAACUGCCCUUUGAGCCAGAGCUGGAGGAGGAAGAGCCAUUGGAAAUGGAGGGAUUGAGAGGUAUGGGCCAGGGCCAAGCUGACAUGCAUGCUGACCAGUUAACUGCUAUGCAUGAUGACACACCCACACACACUCAUGCUGACACACUGUUAGACACAGCAGGGAAGCAGGAUCACAAUGUGGACCAAGAGACCGAGCCUUCCGGUCACCUUCAGCUAGAAAAGGAAGAUAUAGAGGUGAAAAUUACUCAAGACGGGGGCGGGGAGGUUACAUUAUCAGAAAAAGAAGAGGAAGAAAUCAGAGAAAAAGAAAUGGAGAUGUAUUUAUGUGUGAGCAACACUCUGUACAAGCCCAGCAGCUGCCCCAUUCUUAAUUUUGAAUCCGAUUCUGAUUUCCUCCUUGCCCCCUCCACAGAGGGUGAGAGCCAGGAGGAGGAUGACAGAAUGGGUGAGAGUGAAGAGGAAAGGCAGGGAGGGGAGCCCGAGGAGAGGGGUACUGCAGGGGAGGUGGGGGAGUCGGGAGUAGGUGAAGACACGGCAGUGGAAAGCAGAGAGGGACAGGUGGAGGCAGAGAAGCAAAUAGGAGCGACUCUGACCAGCACCUGCAGUUUCCGAGAUCUGGGUGCCAAGGCUCGAAUAUGGAGGAGGGGAAUCCGUAAAACCACUGAAAGAAGAAAUCUUGUAGAGGUGGAAGAAGAGGAGAGUGGUGGAAGGGAUCGCAGAACCAGAAUAUUCUCCACAACAGAUGAUGAGGAUGAUCGGAGCAAAAGCUGGGGAGAGGUGGAGCUGAGGAAUGUUUUGGACACAAUCGACAGAAGGAAAAGGAAUUCAAGGUUUUUCAAUGCUGCCCAGCUCUACCAGCAGUACAGUGAGGCGGCACAAAACUUUGAGAUCCUGCGCCAGGCUCGCUCCGAUGUCGUGUCUGUGUGCGAGGACAAUACCUCCUCUCCAGCUACAUCGCCGCCUCCUGCCCGCCGACCUCUGCCUCCCCUACCUUCUGUCCCACACCCUCACUCCUUGUCUCACACGGGCUCCAUCACCAGUGUCAAAAGCUUGCCUGUUCCAGAGCCCCCAAGAAGCGAGGGCAGGCCUGCCUCGCCGCGUCUAUCCAUUGCACUCACACAGUCGGCCACACUGUGGCGGGACCUGCCGGGGGUCCGGGACAGCGGUGAACUGGAGGAUCUCUCAGAGGACCAGAGGCGACUGCAGGAGGUGAGAUUUGAAGUGGUGACCUCAGAAGCCUCCUACUGCCGGAGUUUGGACAUCGUUGUUGAACACUUUGUCAAGUCGAAACAGCUGGGGGCGCUGUUGACUACUCAAGAUAGAAACUGGCUGUUUUCCCGGCUGGCUGACGUUCGUGCCAUCAGCCACAGUUUUUUGUCAAAGCUAGAGGAGCGUGUGGAAACGGAGAUUGUGCACUUCACCGUGUGUGAUAUCAUCGCCCGGCACUGUCAGCGCUUCAAGAUGGUUUAUGUGCCCUACCUCACCAACCAGUCCUAUCAGGAUGCGACCUACCAGAGACUCAUGAAUGAGAAUCCGGGGUUCAAGCGGAUUGUGGAGAAAUUAGAGAGGAGUCCCGUUUGUCAGAGACUUCCUCUUCGUUCCUUCCUUGUUCUUCCUUUCCAAAGGAUCACAAGAAUAAAGCUGCUGGUCCAGAACAUUGUAAAGAGAACUACUCCAGGUACUGCGGAGGUGACGCAGGCCAUCAGAGCUAUGAAACUUCUGGAGAAGCUGAUCCAAGAGAGUAAUGACAGCAUCACGCAGAUGAAAAGCAUCGAGUCCCUGGUCUCUCUUAGUGCCAAGGUGGACUUUGACUGCAGGACUCUUCCUUUGAUCAGUCAGUCUCGGAGGUUGGUGCGGGAAGGACCGGUCACUGAGCUAAUGGAUUUCUCUCUUAAAGACAGAGAGAGGAGCGUUUACUUGCACCUAUUCAAUGACUACUUGUUACUUUCACUACAAAAAGAAGGGGGAAAAUUCACUGUUAUCGACCACUCUCCUGUAUCAGACCUGCGUGUAGAGAACUGCCGUGUCAAACUUCACUCUUUACAGAAGAACCUGUUCCGGCUGCAAACAUCAAACAAAUCCCUGCUGCUAAGGACUGACACACAGAGUGAUAAGCUACGCUGGAUAUCUGCUCUUUCCCGACCACAUCCUGAAAUAGAUUUUUCUGCAGCUCAAGAUUUUCCACAGAUGCAGUGUAUCCGAGCGUUUGUUGGCCAGCAGCCUGAUGAGCUGUCCUUAGAAAAAGCUGACAUCAUUCUAGUUCACCAACAGAGCAGUGACCAUUGGGUUGAGGGGACCAGACUGUCUGAUCGGCAUCGUGGAUGGGUGCCCAAGUCCCAUUUGGAGACCAUAAGCAACUCUCGAGUUCGACAACGCAACCUGUCGGAUGCGCUCAAACUUACAACCGCCACAGCUGCUGUCUGAGCAGGAUGCUCAGAGUGGGACUAAACAGCGAGCCGUUCUGGAUCAACUUAUUUUUUAAAAGGAUACGAUUCUGCUUUGAACUGCUGGAAACUGGACAAUGGACACUCAGCGAACCAAAUGGGAUUACUGUUGGAAUGCAUCUCAACGUAGCAUCGCCUGUUUCACUCGGUGGAAAAAUAUAUUGCCGCAGAGCAACGUAUGAACUGCUGAGCGCUACCUAAGAGACAUUCAACGUGUUGUGACCGUAUAAAUGUUAAUCUGCGCCACAGACGGCCUUGUGUGUAUGAUACUAAACCAAUGGACAGGAACCGUUAAUUUUGGAAAAUUAUUAUUUGUGCAUACUGAACUGAUCCUAUCGAUGGUUUUAUGAUACAUGUCAUCUCAAAAUGUGGCCCCUACAAUCAUGACAGCUGGUGGAAAUCGUGCAAAAUGUGCAAAAAAUCAGUUCAGUAACACAGUGAGGACAUUUCAAUAAACUCAGAAUGGUGGAAUAAAAUCACAAGCAUGCCUUA